AUGUCUCUUGGCAGUUUCGACCUGGUGGGAUCCCAGAUCAACUUCUCGGAAGCUUUGAGACAGCUGAGAACGGCUGUGAGGGCUAUGGGGGCGCUGAGGGGCCAAGGGAUGAGGUUGAAGCAGGGAGUAUUGAAGGUGCCGGUUUGGACGGGUGGUAUGGAGAAAGUGUGGAUGGGUAAGAGUGAGCUCGAGGCAGCGUUGGAAAGAGAAGAAGCUCGCCUGCGGGAAAUGGACGUCGAUGACAUGGAGGGCGCUCUGGCUUGUUUGACGUCGAGCGGAUCAUGA